ACAAUACAUUUGCCAUGAAUACUAAGGUCCUGCUCCUCCUCGGCCUGGCUGCCCUGGCCUCAGCCGACACCCCCAGAUACGCAUACAGUGCUCCUCGGGAUUCGUUCGAAGAUUCAGUAGAGUAUGAUGACGCCAAGUAUAACUUCAACUGGGCCGUCGACCACGACGACUCCGGCAACCACUUCGGCCACCAGGAAGCUCGCGACGACGACCACACUCAGGGAUCCUACUACGUGCAGCUCCCCGACGGCCGCCUGCAGACCGUCAAGUACUUCGUGGACGGCGACUCCGGCUACGUGGCCGAGGUCAGCUACGAGGGCGAGGUCCGCGAAACGCUCAGAGCCAGACCCAGGUACUCCGCGCCCACUCCUCGCUUCGACUCCCGCGAGAGACCCGCCCCCACGCCCUUCAGGCCUCGUCACUUCGACUCCCGCGAAUCCCUGGAAAUCCCCAGCCGCCGCUUCGACUCCCGCGAGUCGCUCGAGUGAGGAGGCGCCCUUCGACUCCCGCGAGUCCCUGGAGGACAUCCGCAGGCAGUAUGGCUUCUGAAGGACCACGCGCACCAAAAGAUGAUCGACGUAAAACUAAUAGUGUGAAAGUAUUUAUUGAUGAAUGAGUAUUAAAUCUGAUA